CUCUGUAACAACCAGUGAACUAGACCGUGAGAUAAUAUCAGAUUAUAACAUAACUAUCACUGCCACUGACGAGGGGUCUCCACCCUUAUCCUCCUCAAAGACUAUUAAUUUAUCUGUGUCAGACGUGAAUGACAACUCACCUGUGUUUGAAGAACAAUCCUACAGCGCCUAUUUGACUGAAAAUAACAAGCCUGGCUCCUCUAUGUGUUCUGUUACUGCCAGAGACCCAGACUGGAGACAGAACGGUACAGUGGUAUAUUCUCUAUUUCCCAGUGAGGUCAACGGUGUUCCGGUGUCAUCAUUUUUAUCCAUCAAUGGAGACACGGGGGUGAUCCAUGCUGUGAGAUCAUUUGAUUAUGAGCAGUUUAGGGGCUUCACAGUCCACACUGUAGCCAGAAACAAUGGUUCUCCUCCACUCAGCAAUAACGUGACUGUGAGUGUCUUCAUAACAGAUGAGAAUGAUAACUCUCCCCAGAUAUUAUACCCUGCUCCAGCAGGGAACUCCUUGAUGACUGAGAUGGUCCCCAAAGCUGCUCUGGCGGGGUCCCUGGUUUCCAAGUUGAUAGCUGUGGAUGCUGACUCUGGACAGAAUGCAUGGCUUUCAUAUCAGAUCGUGAAGUCGACUGAUCCGGGUCUUUUCACUAUUGGUCUCCACAGCGGAGAGAUCAGGGCACAGCGGGAUAUUUCUGAAUCUGACAGUGUGAAGCAGAACCUUGUUAUAUCAGUGAAAGAUAACGGACAGCCCUCUCUCUCUACAACCUGUGAUGUAUAUUUGCUCAUAUCAGACAACUUGGCUGAAGUUCCAGAACUGAAAGGCAUGGCUUAUGAGGAUAGUUCCAAAGUAACUUCCUAUUUGAUCAUUGCACUGGUCUCUGUUUCCACCUUUUUCCUGACUUUCAUUAUUCUCAUCCUGGCAGUGAGGUUCUGCCGUAGGAGAAAGCCUAGAAUGUUGUUUGAUGGAACAGUCCCCAUUCCCAGUGCGUAUACAUAGUAAUAAUUAUGACGCAUACCUGACAACAGGCUCACGCACCAGUGACUUCAAGUUUGUCAGAUCUUAUAAUGACAGCACG